GAAUCAGUAGGAGCUAGGUUCUCAAAAGCGGGUAAUUCGAGGUUGAUUUUCCUCGUAUUAGGUUUUUAUGGUUGUUGGGUGUGUUUAGGACUAAUGAUGUUUCAAGUAUCCUAACUUCUUCGUGAUUCUGUGAUACAAUGGAUUUACAAGCAUCUUAUCCUGAGGGACAUGUCUUCAAGGAAAAUAAACUAAAGUUUGCAAAACAUUCUGGUUUCCCCAAGUACUCAGAACUUGUUGGCUUUCACAAACAAAUUGAUUACCUAAGAGAUGAGAAUAGUAUGUGUUCAAAUAGAAACACCCACCUUACACACAAAAAAAGAAAAGUAGAUGAUUCUAAUCUCCAAGAUCAUGAUGGUUCUUCCGCCACAAGGAUUCAUUGCCUUCACGUACCACCAUCUCCAAACAGCCAUCUGCCUAAUCAUUUAGGAAAUCAUGUCGGCUCGUUUAUGCAGCAACAAGUUUGUACAUACAAUGCGGCAGCCUCGGGGGUCACUUCAACAAGUGGUUCAGUUGCUUAUUUUUCUUCAGGCAGUACUAUGCAGGCUAAUGUAGCGGGCACGAAUGCACUGCAGAUAACGGCAUCAAAAGCUACCUCAAAAAUGACUACAACAGAGGGCGACUAUGCUAUUGUUGUUGGUGAGAUGCUAAGUUCUGGAAGUGAGGCCUAUGAAGUCUUGGCUUUCCUUGGUCGAGGAACAUUUGGACAAGUUGUAAAGUGCCGAUGUCAGUCAAGUAAUCGUUAUGUGGCUAUCAAAAUAUUGAAAAAUCUACCAUCUUACCUGAGACAAGGUAAUGUAGAAAUCCAGAUUCUUCAAACUCUUGCACAACAGGACACAGAAUCACACAAUAUAGUCAGAGCCAUUGAAUGUUUCCAGCAUAAGAAUCAUAUGUGUUUUGUAUUUGAGUUGCUAGAUCAAAAUUUGUAUGAAUACCUCAAAUCGAAUAAGUUUCGCCCAUUAACGUUGCCGGAAAUCCGACCUAUCUCACAACAGGUGCUAACAGCACUUUCAAAGCUGAAGACUCUCGGAUUAAUUCACGCCGACCUAAAGCCAGAGAACAUAAUGCUGGUGAACCCAGGCUCUGAAAAUAUGCGUUACCGCGUCAAGGUGAUUGAUUUCGGGUCUGCAUGUCAUAGCUCCAAGGCUGUUCAGAAUACUUAUCUCCAGUCACGAUACUACCGCGCUCCUGAGAUACUACUCGGUCUUCCCUUUGAUGAAGCAAUCGAUAUGUGGUCAUUGGGCUGUGUUUUGGCAGAACUUUUCCUCGGUUGGCCAUUGUAUCCUGGUUCAUCUGAGUAUGAUCAGAUGCGAUACAUAGUGGAAACACAGGGUCUACCUCCGUCAGAUAUGUUAAAGAAUGCUGGAAAGUGUAGUACAUUUUUUGUACGAGACCAUUAUCGUUGUGAUUGGCGGUUAAAAACUCAGGAAGAAUAUACUGCAGAAACUGGUCAACAAGCUAAAGAAGCCAGAAAGUAUUUCUUCAGUUCAUUAAAUCAAAUACGUGAUGUCAAUGGGCCUACUGUACCUGAAGAAUCAGAUCUGGAUAGUGCAGAUCGUCAACAUUUCACUAAUUUUCUAACUCAAAUGUUAAAAAUGCGUCCAUGUGACAGAAUAACACCUGAUACAGCCCUUCAGCAUUCUUUUGUAACUAUGGAUCAUCUUCAUUGUCAACCUUUCUCUAAACGGACUCAAGAAUCUCUCUCACUGAUGCAGGUUUGUUAUGGAAAUGCACGUAAACAAUAUUCAUCAAGUGAUAUUGCCUUGAACUCUAAAUAUAUGCCAUUACCUCAGAAGGUUAUGACCACCAGCUUUCCGGAGACAUGUCAUUAUGUUAAUCCAAAUGGUAUUACUGCUCAGACUGAUAUUUCUCCACAAUCUAACUAUCAAGCCAGUCAUCUGUCUAACUGUCGUGGUGCUGAUGCCAGAGCUGCGUAUUAUGCUGCUGCUGCCGCAGCGGCUGCAUUCUCCUCAAAGCCAGCCUCACAGCUUAUACCAAUAUCUGGUGGUAGUACUUCUUCUAGCCUGCCAUGCUUGCAUCAGUAUGCUUCACUGGGCUCUGUAAACGAAGCUCAUCAGCAUUUGUCAGUCAGUGUGGCGGAACCAGGCAAUGUAUGCACAAUUAUUGAGUGCACUCCUGCAACUAUAAUAAUCUCCCAAAGCAAACCUGAGAUUUGUAUGCGAUCGUGUCAGGCUGCAGCAGGAGGUCAUCCAACUUAUGCACCUGCAUUACAACGUUCUCUUUCAUUUUAUGAUCUAGUAAGUGCUGGCGGUGCUGGUACCGCAUUGUCUUUGCUAAGUGCUGUUACUGCCCCCGCAACAUCACCUUUCCUAAUCAACAAUUCUAUACAAACUUCCAAUAUUCAACCGUCAAAUAUUCUGUCUACAAACAGUCUUUCAAAUGAUGUCCGACAAAUGUUACAUCAUCCUGUUCAUUCUGUUUGUCUUCAAAGAGGAUUAAACAACAGGCUAUCUUCUGUUGAAGGUGAUAACUCAUUUGUGCUAGAUAUUACUAAUCAUGAGAAAGGCAUUGCAGAGCAUCCUAUUGUUCAGCAUAAUUGUGUUAAUGUGACAUGCAAACCAAAAAGUCGACUAUGUGAUACACUAUGUGCUUUAGUGAAUCAUCAACAUUUGUAUAAAAAUCCAGCAACUGCAGCUGCAGCAUUGGCGGUAGCUCGUCAACAUCAACAAAAUUUCAGCAACAACAAUAAUCGAAGGCAUUCAUUAAUUUCUGCCAAAAGUGUUCAAAGUAGUGAUUAUAAUUUUGUUCAAGCUAUGUCUAAAGGAUGCGGUGGUUGUCGUUCAGAUUGUCCAACACACUUGACAUCAUCAGGUGUACUGCACAACGCCAAAGUCAAUGAAGUGACUCGUUUGGAUCCAAAAUGUUCACGCGGUGCAAUGUAUGAAGUCCACGGGUCAGCAACUCAACAGUUCCUUUCAUGUCAAGAGUUUUCCCUUCAAAAUCAUGAACAACAACAACAACAGCCCCACGGCGGAACCAAUCAUAGUGAUAUCCGUAAACCUUCUAUUACACAUCAUUAUUCUAAUAAUUUUCUAAAUGAUAUUGAUUGUGUACCUAUGAAUCUGGUGACGAAUAAUUCAGAACCAACAGUGAACAAUGCGAUUAAUUUGUCCAUGUUACCUCCAAAUUCAUUGUAUAAUCCUGGUCGUAUGAAACGUCCUUCAGCAGCAAUAGAAUCCAAUUCUGAGGCAGUCAAUCAGAUGGCACAUAGUUUACCUCAGACUAACUCUUCGUUCAAUUGUUCAUCAGAAGUUAUACCGAAUAAUAGUCCAAUCAAAUCGGAAUUUGGAUCCACUGGGUAAGUGUUAAUCAUGCAUGCUUCGCAGAAACUUAUGAUAUGCCCUGGGCUGCAUGUUGAUUUAGGCAUAGCUCACAUCCCAUUCAUAAUUGUUGAAUCAUUAUUAUGAAUUAUGAAAAACAAAAUUAAGUUUCGGCGUGUUGACACGAAAAUCUGCAAUGAUAAAAAGAACCAACUUUAAAUGUUUGCCAUAUGUGCCAAAUGUUUCACCAUAAAGGAGUUAGAUUUAGUAAUCACACUUACGUGUUGUGUGUAUGUCUGAGAUAUACAUGUGAGAGAUUAUUUAUUAUUAUUAUUGUUCCCAUGGGUUCCUAGUGGAAAGUAGAGCUUCAACUGUACAUCUCCUCUUGCUUCUAUCUUCUGCUAUACUUUUCACCUGCAUCCAUGUUAGUUAGUCCAUACUGUUUCAACUCCUCUUCACACGAUCUCCUCCAUGUCACUCACUCUCGCACUCUUCGCUUCUCUUUCAGGUUCCACUCGAGCAAUGGCCUGACGCGCGCGCGAUGUCACCAACCGGCCUCCUCCUCAGCGAGUGUUCAAUCCAUCUCCACUUUCUCCUGCAUAUUUGUUGGUUGGCGAUUGGUUCUUGUUUUGUUUGUUUGUUCCCAGCCAUAGUUUCUUGUUGGUGAUUGUUUCCGGCCCGCCCGACCAUCUGAUCUUCAGUAUAGAGCUAGCGAAGACAGUUGUUGGUUGAUAAAGGGCAUAUAGAUCAAGUUUUGAUGUGAUGUGUCAACAGCGUUCUGAUAAGAAAAGUAAGUUGAUUUUUUCAUGUUCUUAAUAAUAAUAAUGAUAAUUUUGCCUUAUUCCAGAAACAGUACUACUGGUGGUACAGUGUGAAAUUUUCAGCACUUAUCUACACUAUUGCAUCUAAUUUUAUCAAACAUUUAAAAAGGAGUAUUUCAAAAAAAAUAAAAAUAAAGGCAACACCAACAAAAACAAAAAUAAUGCGAAAAAUACCAACAAGUUGAAAGGAAAAUAAACAACAUAAUAAAUAAUAUCUCAGUAUUGGGCAGUGGAAGCUAUGAUAUAUUUAUGCGUGUACCAGUUGGUCGAGUUCAGCCAAUGAUUAAACAAGAAGACUCGCAUCCAAUGCAUAUUAUCAAUCGGUCUGUUUCAUCCCCUGCGAAUUAUUUAUCAUCUAAUCGAGAGUCUGGAGUUGUCUGGGGAGGAUCUAAUCCUGGUCUAUUUGUCUUCACAUCACCUUUUCAUCAUCAACAAUCUCUCAAUAAUAAUAAUGGUAGUAAUAAUAAUAGUAAUAAUUCAAAUGCUCAAAGAAAUUGUAAUAAUCACUUGACAGCUGGGGGUGAUAUUUUUUCAAAUGAUACUCAAAAGCUAACCGAGCAUCCGUCUCCACGUAGUAGUAGACAUCCACGUAAGCAUCAUCCCCAGGUUACAAUGAUCAAUCGAGAAGAUCAACAAGUUGUUCAACAACAGUCGAAUCAUCAGUUGUCAGCAGCUCAUGCAGCUGCCGCCGCCUAUCAUAAUCUUAUGUUUUUCCAAUUGCAACAACAACAAUUACAACAACAACAACAGACUCAACAGCAACAAAAUCUUCAACACAGCAGUCUUAUUCCUAGAAUGUCUAAUAUCCAUCAAGGGGGUGGUGGCGGUGUUGGCGUAUCGAAUAAUCCUUGUAAUAAUAAUAAUACUAAUGAAACUAUUGCAUAUCAUCAACAAUACCAACAACCUGUGCUAUCAUCUCGAGGUUGGAUAACAACGGCAACAACAACAAAUCCUCGGAAUUUUGUUGAAAAUCCAACUGAAGCGAAUGCAGUUGCUGCUGCCUCAUAUUAUGCUGCAGCGGCAGCGGCUGCUGCUGUUGCACACCAUCAAAAACAACAGCAGCAACAACAACAAACAUGUAAACAAGAAUUAGAUUUUCUCUACUAAUCAUCCAUCGUUCGUCCACUACGACGACCACCACCAAUACUACCCAAUGGUGGACGACCUACUUACAACGUGUUCCUGAUGAGAACAAUCCUCUGAUUUCACUACAGAAUAUGUGUGUGUGUAUGUAUGUAUCAUUGAUGGAAUGAUAAUGUUUUCAGGAUUGUAUGUAGGUGGGGAAGGGCAGAGUGGGGUGUAUUUAUUUCCUUGAACGUCAAAUUAUAAUAUAAUAGGAUUUUUGCUACACACACUGCUACACCUUACUUCUAAUAAUAAUAUUAUUAUUAUUCUCUACCUCUGUUAUUAUUUUAAUUAUUAUCUCGCUUCCAAUGUGUUUUUCAUCACACACAUACACAGCAUUCCCUUUAAUUAAAAUCUCUGCUCAUUAUAUUAUCACUUUGUGAGUAGUGGGAGUGGUACAUCAUCAACUGGCUUGCUUAUAAAAUUACACAUGUGUAAAGGCUUGAAAAAAAAAUUGUUUAGCUAGGUCAUUUCCUUCCCCAUGUCUCUUCCUGUUUGUAUAUACCAACCAUUUUUGUGAUUUUAUGUGCGUGUUUGUGUAUUCUUUAAUCUAAUCAACUCUGUAAAUGUUUACUUACAACCCUAUGUCCUCUCCUAUACCCCGGACUUUCCCUACUAUCUGAAAACAAAUCCAGCACCACUGUGUGUGUGUUUUAUCUUCGUAAUAUGACUUGAUUCACUGACGAGUGUUCACAAUCGUCUAUUAAACUGUGAUUACUAAACCUACUUUAUUUUAAAAAAAAUAUUGAAAAUUAUAUAAUAUUAUCGUUACCUUUAUUAUUGCUAUCAUUAUUGUUAUUACUACUGUUAUUAUUAUUAUUGUUAUUAAUUAAUUAUAUAAACUCAUGAUUGAUUGGUUGGUGUAAUUUGAUUGUAUUGAUUAUCAGUGAAUUGUGAAUGUUGAAUGAAAUCUGUGCGUUCACAUUAUGAUUAUGCUUGCCAUCUAUUUGGGGUGGGUGGAUGUUUAUUAUUAUUGUCCCCUUGGGUUCCUAGUGGAACAUAGGGCUUCAACU